GGCUGGGCUGUACCGCGCCGUGAUGACGGUUGUGCCGGCGCGGCGCUCGCGGCUCGGCUCAUCCCGGCACAACAUGGCACAGUUCGUCCCGGCACAACACGGCGCAGCCCAGCUUGGCCCACUUCAGCCCAGCAUGUCUCAGCCCAGCCCGGUUCAGCCCGCUUGGCUGGUUUCAGCCCAGUUUGCCCCAGUUUGGCUCAGUGCAGCCCUCUCACCCACUGCCUUGGCACCACCAAUCUCCCACUGGUGAUGCUGGAGCACUGGAGCGCCUCCCGCAUGGGAAAUGGAGGCGUGGGAGAUUCUCCAUUGUCUCAUAUGGAGCUGCGCUCUUCACUGCAGUGCCGAAUCUUUGGGCUGAGGACGGCGGCACCGGCAGCAUGCAGCCCCCUGGGGGUGGGCAGGGGCACCGAGGGGGCAGGUGGAGCAGUGCUGAGUCACCCCCACACUGACUCACAGCACUCAGCACCAGUGAAACCCCACUGGGGUGCUGCUGGGUGGGAUCCAGCUGCAGCCCCCAUUCUCUGCCCUUCAGAUGAUGCCAUGGACGGGGGGGCCCAGCAGAGUUGUGUCCGGGACCCCCCCGAGGUGGGCAGCGUGGAGCAGGAGGGGGACGUGGGCGAGGGGCCGCCUGCCACCGACCUGCGCCGCUCGCAGCCCCUCUUCAUCCACAGCACCAGCCGGCCGCUGUCAGAGGAGGAGCCGCGUGCCUCAUCACUGCCCAACAUCCCCAACCCCUUCCCUGAGCUCUGCAGCCCUUCCAACUCGCCAAUCCUCAGCAGCCCCCCCGGCGGGCAGGGACCCCCCCCGUGAAGGCGCCUGCCACCUGGUGAAGGUGUUCAGCGAGGAUGGGUCGUGCCGCUCACUGGAGGUGUCAGCAGGCACGACAGCACGGCAGCUCUGCGAGAUGCUGGUGCAGAGGACGCACGCGCUGCACGACCACAGCUGGGCCCUGGUGGAGCUGCACCAGCACCUGGCACUGGAGCGCUGCCUGGAGGACCACGAGUCGGUGGUGGAGGUGCAGAGCAUGUGGCCCCUUGGUGCUGACAGCCGCUUCGUCUUCCGCAAGAACUUCGCCAAGUAUGAACUCUUCAAGAGCAACGCGCAGUCCCUUUUCCCCGAGGUGAUGGUGUCCAGUUGUCUGGAGGCAAAUAAGAGCAUGGCGCACUCGGAGCUCAUCCAGAACUUCCUGAACUCCGGGAGCUGCCCUGAGGUGCAGGGCUUCCUGCAGCUGCGCGAGGCCAGUCGCAAGGUCUGGAAGCGUUUCUACUUCUCCCUGCGCCGCUCGGGGCUCUACUACUCCACUAAGGGCACGUCCAAGGACCCCCGGCACCUGCAGUACUUCGCCGACCUCACCGAGUCCAACAUCUACUACGUGACACAGGGCAAGAAGCACUACGGGACACCCACCGAGUUUGGGUUCUGCAUCAAGCCCUACAAGGUGCGCAGUGGGGUGAAGGGCCUGAAGCUGCUCUGCAGUGAGGAUGAGCAGAGUCGGACCUGUUGGAUAGCAGCAUUCCGCCUCUUCAAGUACGGCAUGCAGCUCUACCGCAACUACCAGCAAGCACAAGCACGCCUGAGCCAGCACCCCUGGAUCACCCCCACACCACUGCAGAGUGUGUCAGACAGCGCGCUGGUGGCCAUGGACUUCUCAGGGUGCACAGGGCGGGUGAUUGAGAACCCCAGCGAGGUGCUGACAGCAGUGCUGGAGGAGGCGCAGGCCUGGAGGAAGAAGACGACACACCGGUACAGCCUGCCUGCUGCCUGCCAGAGCUCCCCGCUCAGUGCUGCCAUUCAUCGCACCCAGCCGUGGUUCCACGGGCGCAUCUCACGGGAGGACACCCAGCAGCUCAUCGGCCGCCAGGGGCUGGUGGAUGGGGUGUUCCUGGUGCGGGAGAGCCAGCGCAACCCCAAGGGCUUCGUGCUGUCCCUGUGCCACCUGCAGAAAGUCAAGCACUAUCUCAUCCUGCCGAGCGAGGAGGAGGGACGGCUCUACUUCACCAUGGACGACGGACAGACCCGCUUUGCUGACCUCAUCCAGCUCGUGGAGUUCCACCAGAUCAACCGUGGCAUCCUGCCCUGCAAGCUGCGGCACUACUGCACCUGUGUGGCCCUAUGAGCCUGGCGCUGCCGGCACGGCUUGGCACAGCUCAGUAUGGCAUCGCCGGCAGAAAUUGGCACAGCUUGGCACGGCACUGCUGGCAUAGGUUGGCACAGCUCAGCGCCGUGCAGCAGCACUGGCACAGCUCGACACAGCCAACACUGCACAGCACAGCCCUGCCGGCACACAAGGGCACCGCUCGCAGCAGUGAGCGCAGGGACGAGGGGGGCUCACCCCACACCCCGCUGCUGUGGCCCCUCACACUCUUGCACUUUGUCCCCCUCAGCACCAGCCCCUCCAUUCUCACGGGGUCAUGGCUGCAGACCCCUCACCCCCAUCUCCAGGGGGCUCGUGGAGUUGCUCCCCUCCCCAUCAUGAGGAUGCGGGGCUUGGGGUCUCCACCACACCUCCCCAUGCCCCCCCCCCAAGGCCAGUCGAACUGUGAUGUGUUUUAUACAAAAUGAGAAUAAACGUUAUUUUUUCAGA